CGUCUAAGUAGAUGUUUGCCGGGACGAGGUCUUCGCUCAGCGACCAGGCUUCCCACUCCCAAAGUUCCAUUCGAGCAUGAGUCACUGACACUUAACAGGUUCAACGGCCCGCAUCGCACCACGUAUGCUCGUUACAUCAGAUCCAGAGCUCUUCCGGCGCAUGAGUGCGGUGCGAUCGAGCUUCACUAGAGGACCAUGGUACAAAGCCCUAAAGCUUCAUCCAGAGCGCGACAACAUUACCUCCUACGUGGACGAAAAUAAGCAUGCCGCCAUCCGCACCCGGAUGGCACCAGGCUACUCCGGCAAGGAGAACUACCACAUGGAGCAGGAUAUCGAUGAACAAUUGCUCAAGUAUCUGGAACUAAUUAGCUCGAGAUAUGUGGCCAAACCGGACCAAGGCGUCUUCAGAACGGUGGACCUCUCACGCAUUACCUCCUUCUUUACGCUGGAUGUCAUCUCAAAGGUCGCUUUUGGCCAGACAUUCGGCUUCUUGGACCAAGACGAUGACCCAUUCGGCUACCUUGCAAACCUCGCUCAGAUGCUACCGGCCAUCAUCGUCUUCGGCGUUUACACCGAGCUCACUAACCUUCUGAAGAUACCUGCUAUUAAGGCAGCACUGCCCAAGUCGACAGAUAAGCGUGGAUUAGGCCGCGUCAUGGGCUUUGCCAGAGACCGAGUGCAAGAGCGCUUCGGCGACAAAGCCAUUGUUCGUCAUGACAUGCUUGGUGCGUUCGUCAACCGCGGACUCACACAAGACGAGCUGGAAAGCGAGACACUGACCCAGAUUACUGCUGGCUCGGACAGCACUGCAUCUGCACUUCGUAUUACACUGCAUUUCAUCUGCACUUCGGCGCCGGUUCUCACGCGUUUGCUAGCUGAAGCUGAAGCAGCAAUCGAGGCCGGCCAGGUCAGCAGACCACUUAUAAAGGAUGCCGAAGCUCGUCAGCUACCCUACUUGCAGGCUUGUUUGAAGGAAGGCUUACGUAUCUAUCCGCCUGUAACAGGUUUGAUGGCGAAGAUGGUACCGGCGGGUGGCGUCAAACUCGAAGUCGACGGCGUGGAAAAGUUUGCUCCUGGUGGCACACAGGUCGGUUGGAACAGCUGGGGCAUGAUGCACGAUCCCAAAAUAUGGGGUGAAGAUGCAGAGAUCUUCCGACCUGAGCGAUGGCUGCCGAAGAGCGACAGCAAAGCGGAGCUUGAUCGUAUCGCACGUAUGAACGACACGGUAACACUGUGUUUCGGCUAUGGCAGAUUUGGUUGCCUUGGACGCGGUGUUGCGACCAUGGAAUUGAACAAGGCCGUGAUAGAGGUGCCACGUAUCGUCCCGUUGCAUGAGUUGAUACUGACUUGUAGUCGCCAGACAUUGCUUCGCUUCAAUCUACAGCCAUGCAGUCUUGCGAAGCCGUUCGAUGAGAUGGUCGUGGGCUUCUAUAUCCAUACGAAUAUGUACUUUGUUGCCACAGAGCGCAAGAAGAACGACACCGCUGCCUUUGCCCGCCUACGUGAGACUGGGGUGGAGGCAGGGGCGUUAGCUGGAGCCUAUGACAUUGAUGGAAGCGCCGCGAGUUAAUCAUUGCGUUAACAAUAGCGAAAUCAAAAUGGAAGUCAUCCAUCAGUAGAACAAGCCAGAUGGAUGUGCUUCAGCAUUGGUAGCUAAUAAUGACAACGAUGAAG